CUAUCUCUGUGUUAAAUUCGUAGUUACAUCGGAUGGCAAUUGUUUUCUGCUAGGGGAAAGUGUGUGAUGUAUUUUCUCUGCGUAUGUUUGUGUUGAAGUGAUUAAGAGCGAUUGAAUUGUCGCUGAGCAAUCGUGUAAGAAGUUGUGAACUUAUUAGUGCAAGUGUGUAUUAGAAUACCCCUUAAUACCGUCCGUAAUACAUAUAAAGUACCUUCGCGCAAAGAUGGCUGCAAACUUGGAUGAAGAACAGAGUUUGCGUGAAUGUGAGGCUUACGUUCAGAAGCACAACAUUCAGCAAGUCCUAAAAGAUUGCAUUGUACAGCUUUGCGUUUCAAGACCGGAAAACCCUAUAUCGUUUUUGAGGGAAUAUUUCCAAAAACUAGAAAGGGAGCAGGCCCACGAUGCGAAACAGCAGGCAGCGUCUCCCGAGGACACCGACGACCUGUCCCCCCUGCCGUCGGCCGCCCAGCAGCCGGCCAGGCGCAGGGGAGGCAUAUCGGCAGAGCCCGUCACGGAGGAGGAUGCCACCAGCUAUGUCAAGAAGGUAGUACCAAAGGACUACAAGACAAUGGCCGCACUAUCAAAGGCCAUAGCAAAGAAUGUUCUAUUUUCACAUCUAGAUGAAAAUGAACGUUCGGACAUAUUUGAUGCUAUGUUCCCAGUGAAUGCCUUGCCUGGAGAAACAAUAAUCCAACAAGGUGAUGAAGGAGACAAUUUCUACGUAAUUGACCAAGGUGAAGUAGAGGUAUUUGUAAACUCCGAACUGGUGACAACUAUUGGUGAUGGUGGAAGCUUUGGUGAGUUGGCCCUUAUUUACGGCACACCAAGGGCUGCCACAGUGAGAGCUAAAACAGAUGUUAAGCUGUGGGGAAUCGACAGAGAUUCUUACAGGAGAAUUUUAAUGGGCUCCACAAUUCGUAAGCGAAAGAUGUACGAAGAAUUCCUUUCUCGAGUUUCAAUUUUGGAAAGUCUUGACAAAUGGGAACGAUUGACAGUUGCUGAUGCACUCGAGCCAGUAUCAUUUGAAGAUGGUGAAACAAUUGUGAGGCAGGGAGAACCAGGCGAUGACUUCUACAUCAUCGUUGAUGGCACAGCUUUGGUGCUGCAGUACAGAGCAGAGGGGGAUGAACCUGUGGAAGUGGGCCGUCUAGGCCCUUCAGACUACUUUGGAGAGAUUGCAUUGCUAUUGGACCGGCCACGAGCUGCCACUGUUGUAGCCAAGGGUCCCUUGAAAUGUGUCAAGCUAGACCGUGCCAGAUUUGAAAGAGUACUGGGACCAUGUGCAGAUAUUUUGAAGAGAAAUAUUACACAGUACAACAGCUUUGUGUCCUUAUCUGUUUAAUGGUGCUGCAGUUGGAAUUGUAGGUUUAAUAGCUUGACAUUCACUGGCAGUGUUAAUGUGCCUGUUAUAAUGUCUCAAACAAAUAAAACUUAAGUUUACUUACGGUUUGCUAAUUACAAGUUCGUAAAAAGAAGCUCAAACUUUUUAAUGUAGGCGAAUAUAUACUGCAUGUGAAACUCUGAUGAAUGUUUUUCCCCUAUUUUCCAUACUUCAUGCAAAAAAGCUGCUUAAUCUACUUACACAACAAUUUCAAACAAAUACAGACUAGUGCAACUGAAUGUGCAUUUUUUUUUUUUUUUUUUUUUCUCUGAAGAUGGAAAAAAUAUUUAUGUACAUUAAAAGAAACUUUUGUUAUAAGAUAACUGGGGAAGAGGUUGUUGAAUGCAGCUUUUUUUUUAGGAUAAGAAAUUUUAAUCAUAUAAAAUAUUACAAAUUAAAAAUAUCAUAUUUAUUGACAAAGUUAUAAAAGCACUAUGUAUGUACAUUUUCAAGAAAUAAAGUUUUCAGCCAUUGAAUGAAUAAUAA